ACUAAUUCAAAUAUGUGUCUAAAACAUAACAGGAAGAUGAAGAAAAUGGGAUUGUAUUAUCUACACCAAUGGCUGCUGACUCUUCUACUACUGUCAACAAACUGUUUCAUAUUCAGUUUAUCGAAGAGCAAUGUCAUAUGCCCACAGUAUUGUAAAUGCUCCAUCUCACUGGGUAUGCGGAGUGCUACAUGUGUAGGGCAGAGACUUUCAAACAUAGAAACAGGUGUGCCAAGUAAUGUUCAGAUUUUGGACAUAUCUAACAAUUCCAUAUCAACACUGGAAAAUGAAGGCUUCAAGAAUCUUCAGCUAACAUCCCUCUACAAAAUACAACUCCAAUAUAACCACAUAGGAACGAUUGACCUCCAUGCAUUUUUAGGAGUUACAGAACUAAGAAUACUAGACUUAUCUUACAAUCAUCUCUAUUACCUUCUGCCAGCAACAUUUGAAGAUACUCCUCAGUUACGGUCACUUUAUCUACAAGGAAACAGACUGAAGAUAUAUCCAGGACCUAUUCUGACAAUUCCAUCUCUAGAGAUUCUGGAUAUCAGUAGUUGCCAACUGGAUCAUUUGAAGCAGGAAAGCUUUAUGGAACUUCCUGCUAUGCAGAGUCUCAACCUGUCUCACAAUCAGUUGAUAAACCUCAAAGUAGAAGUGUUGGAAACACUAGCAAAUCUGCAGCAAAUUGACCUCAAGAGAAAUCCAUGGUCAUGCGAUGGAAAUGCUCACGAACUAGAAGCAUGGCUAAAGAAACGUCAUAUUCAACACGUCCCAGUGUGCAAACAAGAGUCUAAAGACAAUGACAAGUUUCAAAAAAUUGUCUCUGCAGUUGAGUUCCAUAAUGACACAGAAACAAUGAGUGAUGAUGAACUAUUAAGACUCUGGUCUCUUACUGAAAAAGAUAAAAACUCUCAUAUGAAAGGAAAUGGAUGUGUAAAAACUAAUUCUUCCAUGUCAAGCAGUGGAAAUAUCUUUGAAAUUUUCGAUAAGAUUCCUUCUUUUUGGUCACUUGUAAUUGGUUUGGAGAUUGGAAUUGUGAUUGGGGGGAUUGGAAUGUGGCUGUUGAAUAGACUUAACCGUGUCCAAACACCACGGAACCCAGCAUCCAUCUACAGAAUGCAUAGCUUACAAACGCUGCAGAACAGAGUAUCACUUCUCAGAUUGAGAAGUGGAGGGGAAGACAGCACUGCACUAUGGAAUGAACUGGACAUCAUAAAUUGUCCCGAUACUCCACCCCCAGCUUAUCGUGAUUGCACCAAUUACUUCCCAGGAAAUACCUACACAUAA